GUCUCGAUCCCAAAAUGUUGAUAGUUUUGUGUCUUCUGUUGGCUCAAGACUUUAUUGUUGGCGAGGCGAAUGUGUUGCCGCGUAUCGUCAAUGGAAAACUGGCCGAUCAAAGACAAUUCCCAUACGUGGUUCAAGUUAAGAUCGAAGCCGGAAACAACAGAACCGUUCUGUGCGGUGGCAGCAUUAUAGCCAACGACUGGGUACUCACGGCUGGUCAUUGUACUGAGGAUGCCACGUGGGUGACCCUCUAUUAUGGCUCUGUAUGGACCAAACAUCAUCCACUUAUGACGCUAGAGGCCAAAACUCACGUGUUCCCACAUCCUCAGUUCAGAAGUGUCAGCGGAGAUAUUAUCAACGAUAUUGCACUGAUUCGCACUGAGUGGGUGAAGUUCAGUGAUCGCAUCCAAAGCAUUGCACUGCCAACAGAACCCAAAUAUGGCUAUAAUAAUUAUGUGGGUCAAUGGGCUACUGUCGCCGGAUGGGGUCAACUACAUGACCGUGGAAGUGGAUCCGUUCGCUUGUUUUGGGCUACACUAAAGGUCUUGGAUGAAUCCGUGUGCAGAAGACGAUACGGAAAUAAAUUAGUAGGGCUAUUGUGCGCUCAAUCUGGCGAUGCACAGUCCACCUGCUACGGGGACUCUGGUGGACCGCUGGUACUCAAUGGGGAAAACAAACUGAUCGGAGUCUUCGCAUUUUUGUCUUAUCUGGGAUGCGAAGUUGGGGAUCCGGUGGGAUUUUCUGAUGUUUCCAGAUACUUGGGCUGGAUUCGCAGUGUCUCUGGUAUUGGAAAUAAUUAGAAUGUACAUAGAUGUGAAUAAUAAUAGUUUCAGUAUAAAGUACUAAUACCAUAUUAUAUCAUCAUUACAUAUAGCAAAAUUAGA